CCACAAACGAGGGAAAGUUUAAACAAAACACGUCUAACUUUUACACAAAACAGCGAUGUAAUGUCUAUUAAAACGUUUCAACCUCUUCCUUUGUUAGAGAGAUGGGUCCAGGAAAACAACGAGUUAGUAAACAAAUGGAAGGAGCAAGUAGGAGGAGGAGACCAGAGCCAGACCCAUCUGAGAUGCUGUUCCUCUGAGUUUCACAAACUUUUAAGGAAAAUCCAAGGUAUCCCUCCUCUUGCAGAUCACACACAGUUGGAGCUGACAGUGGUGUACAAUGCUUGUGUUUUCUUCACUGCUCAGUCUCAGUUCUCAGAAGCUGAGCUGCUCCUCAAACAAUUCACAGAGAGAGUUCUACAAGUACACAGUUCUUCUACAGAAGAUGACCCUGCUGCCUCGGACCCUCAUUUGCUUUGGAGAACAGUUCUUAAAUCAGUGGGAAACACCGCUUUGGCUCCCUGUGUACUGCGCCUUCUCUGUCUGCAGUGGGCAAUAUGGCUGUCUACCUGCCAGCUGAAAACUAUACAGGAAUUUCAGAAUGAGUUGAUGUCUGUGUUUGAAAGACUGUCUACUGAAGUUUUGGAUAAGGGGAGGAAGUCCUCUGACGAUCCUCUACUGGUGAUGGACCCAAGGAAGCUGGUUGAAUUAUUGCAGAUCUGCACUUACAUUGCCCAAGGUUCAGAAAGCUUGAGUGAAGGUCAGAGUUCAGAAGCGCUGUCUGCUCUCCACACAGCUUCCUCUCUGCCUGCCCCCAGGACUCUAAUAGCAUACACACACCUCCUCUCAGGAUCCUGCCUCGCCCAUAUGGGCCGGCCUCACAUGGCCUUGCAGUGUUACAUGAAAGCCCUGGAAACAGAUCGCCGGUGUGUGUGUGCUCUGUACCGGAGCAUGCUCAUUUAUAGGCAGCUUGGCAACACACAGGCCGAGAUACAAGCUCUGCGUUUGCUGCAAUCAACCCUGAUGUUGCCCUCCGCCACAGAGCCCCCUACUGAUCUCCUCUCCCCGUCCUUACUGCUGCGCAGCCAAUCACUGAGCAGCAUGCUCUCAGUCCCCUCUGCUCUCUCUAUCCUUCACAAUCUGGCCCUGAAGUGUGUGCUCCAUGGGAGGGUGUCAGAGGGUGUUGAAUAUUAUUUAGAUCUGCUGGCUGCUCUUCAAUCAGAAGAUCAACAUGGAAUGCAUGCUGGGAGCCCUCCCCUCCCCAGGUUGCCUGAGCUCUACCUGCAGGCCGGCGCUGCCUUGCUCAUGGCCCAACGCCCCGCUGAUUGUGUUGCGCUGUGCGAUGAAGUCAUCACUACAACACUGGAGCUGCUGCCUGAGAGAGUGGUGUUGGAAGAGCCGGAUGAGGAGUGUGAGGCUGGGAGCAGGGCUCUGAGCGGGGGGGGUGAAGAUAGGGUGGGAAUGCUGCUCUGGACGGCGGCUGCCUACCUCCUCCAGGGUCACUGCAACACUCACCUGAAGGAUUGGAAACAAGCUGUGACUCACUACGCAAGGUGUUUCAACCUGCUGGUGAAGGUGCGCUUCAAGAAAAAAGGCUUCCAACCGCAGAUUCCCAGUGCAGAUAUGGUUGGAAAGCAGGGAACCGACCUGUGUGUCCUCCAGAGGUUGAAGGGGCUUUCACUGGCUUGUAGAGGCAUCAGCUUCACCCAAACAGACCAACUGAGAGAGGCACUGAGGGACCUACAGCUCAGCCUGCAGGCGUUCCCAGAGUGUGCCACUGCAGGCCUGUGGUGUGGAGAGGUGCUGUGGAGGCUGGGCAGGAGACGGGAAGCAGCGGCUUGUUGGGAAAACACUUGGAGUUUCACCUCACAGUCCUCAGAAGAGUAA